AUGUCAGAUCCACGUUGCACGACGGACAGUCGCGCCGACGCGAGACGCGGGACGAGCGACGGUGAUGCCAACGCAGCAAAGGCGCAAGUGGUGGUCAUACCGCCGGCGGAUCGCUCGGGAGAAGGCAUCCGACACCGGACGUUAGAUCAAGAAACGGCGUCACCUGACAUACUCAUCGCGGAAGAAUGCGACGCGGAAAAACUCGACGUGGAAAAUCUCGACGCGAAACGCGACGCGAAAAAUCGCGACCAGAGAAACUGCGACGAGGCCAACCCUGUCGCCCACGUGCCGGAACGAGACCCGCCGACGCCGGAGAACAUGGAUUUGGGGCGCGGGACGGCAAACAUCCUCGCGGUGACGAUGCACUCGGCGUCUACACGCGCGACGAACCGCAGAGGCAGAGCUCCAGGUGUCCUACAAGAGCCGGCUGCUCAGAACCCGUCGAGCCUGGCCAAGACCCCUCCCAAAGCGGCUAAAGGCGCAGAGAGUCAUGGCCCGGGGCAUUUUACGGGGCGCGGUGCGCUGGACGAAGACGCGUCUUGCGUCGGAUCUGGUUGUGCAGUCAAAGUUUUGGGUGGCGUGUGGGUCGCAACGAGAAACACGUCACGCGACGGUGCCCAGUCAAAGCGCCUAGGGCUAUGCGUUCGACAGCGCCGCCGACUCGCGCAGGUGAACGCACUAGAAGGCGGCCAAGCCGGGGACGACGGAGAUCGGACCCGAGGCGACGUCGCGGCGACGAACACGGCCGGAGUGAAUUCGUUGAUGUGGUAUUGCUUGGAACGCGGCGGAAUGCGAUCUGCCCGCGGGCUAGAGCUCAGGCUCGACGCUGUAUCGCGGGGCGCCACGUUGGUGAGCACAUACGCCGUACGUCUUGAGACGGGCGGUACGCCUCGUCCGUAUUCGGCCAAGGACGUAUCCAAGCUGAAUCCUGUCCGCGCUACGAUCAAUGGGACGACUCCGUUGAACGAGCCCUCCGACUUCCGCGACGAGGUGCCGCUGAAAGUGAACAGGGACGUAUGCGCGGUGAAGUGCGACGAGAUGCCGCUAGAAGUGAGCCGGGACGCUAGCGCUGUGAAGAGCGACGGCGUUGCGUAG